UUUGCCGUCCGCUGCCUGUCGCAGGUGUGGCCUGACUCACCUGUCGCCGCCUGGCAGUUUCCUGAAUUGGCCAAGGCCCGGAAAAAGACAAAAAAAAAGGGCAAGUGAGCGGAUUGAGACCCCCAGGGAAGGGGUCUGAGGGGGUGGCAGCGACCAGGGACCACCCGUCAAGAUGAUUUCGGCCUCCGGGGCCCGUUACCAGAGGGUCCAGGCCGAGGACUGGAGUGAAGAAGAGGAGGAAAAAGUCACCGUCUACUUGCACUCGGCAUCAGCGCGCUCCUUACUUUCUCGUCAGAAGCGGGAGUCCUGCGUCCGUAUUAGUGCGUCGAUGGUGUUGCUUGGCAUUGGCCUUUAUUUUGGGUUCCAAGUUUUAAGUUACGGCAGCGUGGAGUUUCCUGGGAAAGGCAGCAGUUCCAAAGAUGAGAAAGUUCAUCGUGGGGAAGGCCACCAUUACCAUGGCAACAAGGGGGCUCCUGCUCAUCACCACGAACGUGGAGUCUAUCACCAUGCCGCUGUGAUUUCUGAUUCAGAAAUCUGUUCCAGCUUUGCGAAGGAGAUCCUGAUCGAAGGUGGGAAUGCAGUCGAUGCUGGAGUUUCAGCGAUGCUGUGUUUGGGAGUGGUGCAUCCACACAGUACCGGAAUAGGUGGAGCUAUCUCGGCAGUGUUUCACAGCAAGGUGUUGGGGGUGACGAAGGUUCUAAAUGCCUAUCCUAUGGACUCCCUGAAACUGAGCUUUGGUGUCCCAUCGACCCUCCAGGGUCUCCGACUAUUGCACCAAGAGUACGGCAGUCUGAGCUGGGCCAAGCUGUUCCAGCGGCCGGUGGAGCUGGCGAGAAAGGGCUUCCCCAUUGAUCGCAUCCUGGCGGGGGCUGCGAAGGAGGUGGAGGUACAGGGGGGUGAGCUAUGUCCACUCCUCUGCAACAGCGGACGCGGGCUGAAGGGAGCGGGGGUCAACACCACUAACUGGAAGCUGGCUGAUGUCCUCGAGAGGGUCAGCACAGAGAUGGAAGAAGCCUCCUUCCCAGAACCCCUUGCCCGGCAGCUAGCUGGAGACUUGCCGAGGAAGGGUCGGCAGGAAUUCGUGCGGGCCGUCACGAGACAGGGAGCUAACCUGACUGAGCCUCUGGUGACCGAGCUUGACCGUUUCUUCCUGUACGCCGCUCCGCCUCCUGCCUCUGGGGGCACCCUGAUGCAGAUCGUGAAGGAGGCUGGGCGACUCAACCUGUCGCUUGCAAGCAUUUCCAGUGCGGAAAACACGUCCAUCACUUACCGGGAUAUUCUGGAUGCAGCCCAGCGUGUUUACCAGAGCCGACCUGGUUUCCCGUCACCAGUUCCCUGGAGCCUUCAGAAACAGAGCGAGGACAAACUCUCCAACAAGACAUCUCCAGCCGGCAGUCAGGUCGUGGUUAUUGACCCCUCUGGUAAUAUGUUGGCAAUGGUGGGCUCCCUGAAUAGUGCAUUCGGGGCAAGGUUCCUAUCUCCUUCCACGGGAAUCUUCCUCAGUGAUUUCACCGGGAGAACAGACUCUGUCAUCCAUCAUUGGGCCUGUCCAGCAGUGCUGACCUCUGUGGCCGGGGAUGAUCUCGUGGCUACGGCCAGUGCAGGAGGAUCCUCUGUUCCAUUUGCCGUUGCUCAAAAGGUGGUGAACAAAGUUUAUUUCGAGAGGUCGACCAAAGAAGCGGUUUCUGGUCCAUGCUUUUACCUGAACACUGGAGAGGGAGGCACUCUGCGUAAGCUGGUGUCUGGAGUGCUGAGAGAUUCCAAAAUUUAUCGCCUCUUGUUACAGCAGGAGCCAGAGCUGGAGCUGGUUAAUGAAACUGCAGGAGGUGUGACAGCCACAAUGGUGGGAAUCCACUUGGGCCACCUCAGUGCAUUUGGACAGCCGCAAGAAUGUCUUUAUGCUGACGGUUAUUAACACCAUGGUAUUCUUGUUCUGUUCAUCUGCUUCCCUGCCCCUCCACCUGGUUUCUCCUAAAUGAUUUUGGGAGUCUUCAGUUACCCCUGUUUCACCUUAAAUUCAUUCCCACGUAUCAGCCGUUCCUUGAUUGGUACCUGCUCCCAUCUUUGUAUUAAAUGGUCAUUACUGGCUCGAAUACAUCAUUAGUACUCUCCCCUCCAGUACAAAGGGGGUAUGUUGUAUUGGUCAGACAUCUAGUCUUUCAAAUUAGACAUUAAACUAAGACCUGUCUGCUCUCUCAAGUAGAUUUAAAAGCAUCAGAGCAGUUGUAAUGCUCAGGAGGGGGGAGUUCUACCCAGUGUCUAGCCAAUAUAUAAUCCUUAAUCAAUACCUACAACAGAUUAUCUGUUCCUUAAUUCAUUAAUGUCUGUGGGAGCUUGCUGUGCAUAAAGUGGCUGCUGCAUUUCCAACACUUCAAUGGAGACUUUACAUGAGCUGCCCUGCAUUGGUUGUAGAGCACUUUGGAACAUGCUGAAGUUAUAUUAGGCGCUAUAGAAAUGUAAAUCCGUCUUCUAACUUAUGCAUCAUUCACUUUGAGAAAAGACUUAUUGGAUAAAACUAAUUGUUGCUAAUUGCACAUUAUCAGAAUUGCAUACAGCGAUCUCACAUUAAUUAAAGAUAUAUUCUUUUAAUAAGAAAAGUGCAAGGUUUGAAAAUGUGAACAACAGGAAUACCACAAAUAAACAACGCAGGGCUAUCAUCCAUUCUGACUGAGGGUAUCCAGCUUAAACAGUAACCUGCCUCUUCCUCUUUAUGAUGAUUACUGACCUUUCAUCUCUCAAUAUGUCAUGCAUUUCCCUGGUGGGAGAUUGAAGGAACUCGCGGAUUGAAGAGAUUUGAUUGCACUGCAUUAAGCUGUGAGUCGCGCCUUUCGAUGAUACACCCACCGAACCUUAUUCUGCAUCGCCUGGAAGAUCAGAUUGCACUGAGGCCGAGAAGUACUAGUAAAUGCAUCCUUCUUGGAUUUUCCCUGGAGGACAUGAACAGGGAGUGAACUCAUUGAUCGCGACUGCUUUCAAAUCCCACCUCCUUUCACAGAUUGCAUAAAGAGGAUUGCAUUAAAGUGUGAAUAGAGAUG